UCAUAUGAUUUGAUAAGCGAUUCAAAGCCGUGUUUACAUUAAAUUUAAUUGUAUUUUAAACUGUGAUUAAAGUGUUAAAUGUUGCCAUAAUUGCCGACAUAUAAUGAGCCAAAAGUCCCGGGUGCUAAAUCUGUAUAAAACCCUGUUAUACAUGGGACGUGAGUAUCCAUUGGGUUACCAGUACUUCAGAGAUCGGUGUCACAAAGCAUUUGCCAAAAACCGCAACGAAUCCAAUGGUGAGACCAUUGAGGCGAUGAUCAAAAGGGGAGAGUUUGUGGUGAAAGAGAUUGAGGCACUCUAUCGGCUCAAGAAGUAUCGGACACUACGGAAGCGCUACUAUAAGGAGGAACUGGAGCCCACAGCCCCUCCCAGAGGCAUGGAUUUGAAAUGAGUGGCAAACUAGCGAUUCAUUUAUGAAUUCAUUCAUCAAAUACUCGUACAUUUCGG